GAGAUGGGUGCUUCGUGGACCACUUUUCUUCAUAAAAAUCGAGAGAUGGCGUCCUGCACCCCGUGAAUAAUCAAAAAUGAUCAUAAAGAAUUGAUGAAGAGAUCACUCUACCGUAAUGUAUCAUUAUGCUACGACCCCUCAAUUGAACAUCCUCCAACUUCCGCCUCUGCGUGUCCAACGCAAGGAGACAGGGAGAGAAGGGCGAUGGCUGCCGGUGGAGGAUGCGGGGAGACUGUGGAUCAGUACCGGGCGAAGGUGGAGCGGCUUACCCAGGAACUUGCGGAAGCGAACAGAGAGAAGAUAAGGGCGGCAGAAUGCGGUCUUGUUGUGUUGGAUGAGAACCAGACUCUAAAGCACCAGUAUGCCGAUCUGGAAUCGGAACAGGAGACGCUGAAGCAAGAGUUGGAACAAUUACAAGAGGCAUUUGGCCAGGCAUACUCCAACCAGCGUAAGGUCGCGGAGGAUGGCGAGAUCAACGAGGAGUCGCUGCUGCAGGAGUCAGCGUCAAAGGAGGCCUUCUACAUGGGCCAGCUGCUGGAGCUGCAGACAGAUCUGAAGCUGAGCCGCUCCGUGGCGUCCAACGCGUCCAACGAGAGCGAGAGGCUCAACGCCGUGCUUCAGGAGCACAAAGAGAGUAAUGAGAUGCUGGAGCUGCAGGGGAGCAGGAUGAGAGAGGAAAUCAGGGAGUAUAAAUUCAGAGAGGCGCGACUCCUACAGGACUACACUGAGCUGGAGGAGGAGAACAUCACCCUGCAAAAACUAGUGUCCACCCUCAAACAGAACCAGGUGGAGUAUGAGGGUCUGAAGCAUGAGAUCAAGGUUCUGGAGGAGGAGACGGUGCUGCUGAACAGCCAGCUGGAGGAUGCUGUGCGUCUGAAGGACAUCUCUCAGUCCCAGCUGGAGGAGGCUCUGGACGCCCUGAAAAUUGAGAGGGAGCAGAAGAACAGCCUGAGGAAGGAGCUGGCCCACCACAUCACCCUCAGCGACAGUGUGUAUGGUGCCGGAGCCCACCUGGCUCUCACCGCCACUGUUGACGGGCUCAAAUUUGCCACCGAAGAGGUCGGGAGUAAUGGUACAGCCAUGCAUAAUGGAGCCAACGGGAAUGAGGAUAGCAACGGCCACUGUAAUGGGCACCUGGGAUUGGCCAAGAUGAACGGCGACUACCGGCUGCCCAGGAAGGGGGAGGGGCUGCAUGGUCCUGUGUCUGACCUCUUCAGCGAGCUCAACCUGUCUGAGAUGCAGAAAGUAAAAAAGCAGCUGUUUCAGGUGGAGCGUGAGAAGUCAAGCCUCCUGAUGAACCUGCAGGAGUCCCAGACCCAGCUGCAGCACAUGCAGAGCGCCCUGACGGAGCAACACGAGAACGUCCAACGCCUCACCGAACACGUCAACGUCAUGAAGCACCUCCAAAGUGACAAGGAGAUGGCUGAUUCUCAGGAGUCUGAGAAGUCCAACGGGUCGCCCUCGCCCUGUCACCGCGACGACGAGGUGGACAUCCACGGGAUGGACAUCCUGGAGUGUAAGUACAAGGUGGCAGUAACCGAGGUGAUCGACCUGAAGGCGGAGCUAAAAGUCCUGAAGGAGAACUAUAACCAGUGUGUGGAGGGCCAGGGGGAGGAGCGGAGCAGCAACGAUGGGAAGGUCCAGGCUCUGGAUGAGCAGGUCAACCGGCUGGAGCAGAGCUGCCACGAUUCCCACGAUAGGGUGGCGUGUUUGGAGGCGGAACUAAAGACGGCCUCAGAGAGCCACAGCAUGCUGAACACAGCGCAGGACGAGCUGGUAACAUUCAGCGAGGAGCUGGCCCAGCUCUACCACCACGUGUGUCUCUGCAACAAUGAGACGCCCAACCGCGUCAUGCUGGACUACUACCGCCAGAGCCGUAACACCCGCAGCGGCAGCCUCAAGGGCUCCGAGGACCCCCGGGCACUCCUCUCCCCCCGCCUGGCUAGACGCCUCGCCGCUAUCAACGCUGGGUUCACCGAGACCCCACGGAGCCCCAUAGACUCGCCCUCCAAAGAAUCCCCCAGUGGGGACAACGGGGAAACAGGGAGGGAAUCCCCAGCACCAGGCAGCCAGGGGAGCCCAACCCGCUCCCUCAUGGGCUCCCCGGUCAUCAACGGCACCAACGGCCCUUCCUCCUCCUCCCCCGUGCCUCCCGAGGCAAGUGGAGAUCUGCGUAAGGAGCCCAUGAACAUCUACAACCUGAACGCCAUCAUCAGGGACCAGAUCAAACACCUGCAGAGAGCCGUGGACCGCUCCCUCCAGCUGUCUCGACAGAGGGCAGCCGCCCGGGAGCUGGCCCCCUUGUUCGACAAGGACAAGGAGGCCUGCAUGGAAGAAAUCCUCAAGCUCAAGUCCCUCCUCAGCACCAAGAGGGAGCAGAUUGCCACGCUAAGACUGGUGCUCAAAGCCAACAAACAGACUGCAGAGGUGGCGCUGGCUAAUCUAAAGAGCAAGUAUGAGAAUGAGAAGUGCAUGGUGACAGAGACCAUGAUGAAGCUGAGGAACGAGCUGAAGGCUCUGAAGGAGGACGCUGCCACCUUCUCCUCUCUCAGGGCCAUGUUCGCCACCAGGUGUGAUGAGUACGUGACUCAGCUGGAUGAGAUGCAGAGACAGCUGGCAGCGGCGGAGGAUGAGAAGAAGACCCUGAACUCCCUGCUCCGCAUGGCCAUCCAGCAGAAGCUGGCCUUGACCCAACGCCUGGAGGACCUGGAGUUUGACCACGAACAGACCAGGGACCGCGGCUGCGGCACAAAGGUGCCCAAGAUCAAGAACAGCCCACCCAAAGUAAGUCGACGAGCCGCUCUCACUGCUCCCCCCAGCCCUACCAUGAUACACAGCCCUUCCUCCACCAGCUCCCACUCCUUCAACACCUCCCUGACCCUCUGCAGCCCUCCCUCCCUGGAGCUGCCCCUGUCCUCCAACCCCUGGUCGGCCUCAGACAGAGGCUCAUCCCAGUUCUCUUCCUUGCCUCCCCUGGGUGACCCCCAAUGGUCCCUAGGCACUCAGACCUUCAUCAUUGACCCAGAGUCGCUGAGUUUAGAGUUCUGUCGACUCGUUAACAGUCGAGACUCUGGUCUGCACUCUCCUAGCUCCGCCCCUGCGUCUCCCUACCGCUCACCCAUUCCCAAGACUUGGCAACACUUGUCGCCGGGGUCGGUGAGAACUCGUACCCAAAAAGACGCACCUCGGCCCUCUGCUCUGGCCACAUCUCCCAACAACCCUGUCCCUCGCUCCUACAGUUCCCAGAUGCCCCAGCCCUGAGUCCAGGGGGUGGGUUGGAAACAGAGAGGAGGACAGACUGGUUUCCUGUUUCCUGUUUCCUGUGUCUGGCUUGACCUAUGCCUAUGCAGUACUGUGACACUCUUCUCAGGGAUUGGCUAUGAGAAGGAGCCCAACAGAGCUUGUUCCAUCUGCAAACAAUACUCAACAAUCUUUUUGUAGUUUUGGGCUCAUAAGGCACCACAGUUGCUAUUGUCCAUUUCUGUAAAUAAAGGGAUUUAGAGAAUAAAUGAAAUAUACUGUAUGUGAGAAAUAUACUAGAAAAUGUGAAGUUCUAAUGAAAAAUAAUGUAGAAUUUUAGUGUAUGAGGAUGUGGUGUGUUUAAUGAGCUAAGAUAGUGUGAGGGAUACUUGUACAUUUUGGAGAUAUUUGAUGCGCUAUAACACAACAUAUUGUGUAUUUGUAUUUCCCACCCUUGGCACAUACUUCUCAUAUCACACAACCUAAUUAUUUUUCCAAUGGCUAUUAACAUUCUUAGGCAAUUGAUUUUCCCUGUUGUAUUCAAUGCAUAUGAUAAAGUCUCUUUGUAGUGAAUACAUGCGUUGCUUUUUCCAACCAUCUAUAGACUGUGCGCAGAGCUACCAUGUGUACUGUGGGCCUCAUUGACCAAUGGUGCCACUCGGUGGCCGAUUUACACAGUUACAGCUGAAACACAUUGAUAGCCAUUGGAAUUCCUCAGUCUAUCCCAGUAGAGGCUGGUGGGAGGAGCUACAGGAGGACGGGCUCAUUGUAAUGUCUGGAAUGGAACUGAGUCAAACAUGUGGUUUCUAUAUGUUUGAUGUGUUUGAUAUUGCUCCAUUGAUUCCAUUCCAGCCAUUACAAUGAGCCUGUCCUCCUAUAGCUCCUCCCACCAGCCUCCUCUGAUCUAUCCCUAUGAAUGUUUGCCACAGAAAAUAUUAAACCUUGUUUAAAUCUCUGGGAAUCUUCUUUUGUUAAGCAGAGAUGGCAGCAAUGCAAAUUAUACAAAGGAACCUUAUCUAUUUCUUCAUUGGUACAUUACUAUGUAGGCCACUUUACAGUACUUCUCUGGCUUCGUUUACACAGGUAGCCCAAUUCUGAUCUUUUUUUCACAAAUUGGUCUUUUGACCAAUCAGAUCAGCUCUGAAGAAGAUCUGACGUCAAAAGAUUUGAUGUAAUUGGUCAAAAGACCAAUUAGUGGUGUAAACACAGUCUCUGACACAGUCUAUCAAUUAAACAAUUUUGAUAACACUGCAAAUCAUAUUAUUAUUAAUGUCAUGAGAAAAAAAUUCAAGGAAUCAUUCUAGUUUGUAUUCCCCAUGAUUGAUUAACAUUUUCAAGCCAUUGUAUAAUAUUAAUCUUAAAUUUUCCACAACAUUUUCCAUACACUGGCUGACCAAGCUCUACCUGAUUUCAGAGCCACAAUCCAUUGUCCCGUCUCUACAUUAUACUAAGUACACUAUAGCUUGACUUCCUUGUUCCUUGUGACCUUAGUCUAUAAUGAAUAUAGAAAACAUAGCAAACACAGUGCGUGUGCGAGACAGAAACUGAGAGAAUGAACUGUCAUGCUUUUUCUGUCAGUGUUGAUAGAUGUUUGUUGUGGCAUGCAUGUGACUUUGUUCAGUCCGAUCUAAGAGAAAAUAUAUAAAUGGUUUAAAUGCAGAUAAACCAUUCAGAGCCGCAUGGAAACCAGUGUGACCUCCUCUCUAUGAUACCCUAACCACACACCCAGCCCUACUACGCUCAUAUCACCCUGAAAAGGACACGCCCUGAAAAGCACCCCAAAUCAACCCUAUGCCCAUGCCAUGUAGUGCCAGCAGAUGUCAGUGUCUACCAGUUACUUCUCACACUGACCUAGCUGUGGUUAUUGGCUUUUGGCUCCUACAGUGGUCAAAUGUUUUUAUUGAUACAAAAAGAGGUGAAGAAUGUCCAUGUACAUUCAGCUCCAAUCCCUGUGACAUAAUAUUGGUUGGACUUUGACUCUAUAAAAAUGAAACCCAAGGCUGCAGGGUCAUUCAUUCAUUCAUGUCUUAUAUUUGUGUAUGAUAUUAUAACUCAUCUGAUCUAAAUAUGCUGAUUUGUUUUUAGCCCAUAGCCGUACAUGAGCAGCAGUUGAUUACUAAGUCUGACAGCCACCAUGAUAGUGGUUUGUUUUUGUUUGUUUGUCUCCUUUUGGUGCAGCACAGAAAAAUACAUGGCUGGAUUUGAAACUGUGCGUAAAUGUUCUAUGUGUGUCUGUGUGUUUCCUUGUGUGUGUCCUGUACGUUAAUAGUGCUGUCCAUCCUUCUCGGGGGAUGGAUAGAGGAAUGCCUUGUCAGUUGGGUUAGAUGAGGCUGGUCUUAAAUAACGAGCAGUCAUUCAGUGAUGCACAAGCCCAUUAUUGGCCUUGCAAAAUGAACAGAGAGCUCUCUUUCUCUUUCUCUCUAUCUCUCUCCCUUUCUAUGUAUUUCUUUCUUUAUCUUUCUCACUCUUAUAUAAACAUAAAUAACAAUUCUCAUUAUAACAAGUACACAAAAUGCACUUCUGUGGUAUGUCUGACUGUAGAAAGCAUUAUUCAUUUACU